AUGGAGUCGAAACCAAUCCAAUAUGUCGAGGAGCUCGAGAGCUCGCCUUCUCGUGAUCCCCAAGCACGAGCAGAGGACCUUGUCCCGGAGACCCCCACGACAAAGAAGAACUGGAGGGGCUACAUUUGGGAUUCCCUCGACAAGUCUCCCGAAGAACGGAAGUUUGUGUUCAAACUCGACUGCGCACUCUUGACUUUUGGCUGUCUCGGCUACUUCAUCAAGUACCUUGACCAAGCCAACUUGAACAAUGCUUUUGUCUCCGGAAUGAAAGAAGACCUCAACCUCUACGGCAAUCAGUUGAACUACAUGCAGACGUGCUAUUCUGCGGGAUAUGUUCUUGGUGGCUUGCCUACCAAUAUGAUUCUCACACGCGUGAGGCCGUCUAUCUUUAUUCCAUGCAUGGAAAUUCUCUGGACCAUUUGUACUAUGGCCUCUUCUCGAGCAUCGUCAGCCCAGCAGUUCUACGCCAUUCGCUUCUUUGUCGGCUUAUUCGAAAGUGCACUCUAUCCCGGCAUGAUUUACAUCAUUGGCUCUUGGUAUCGAGCAGAUGAACUGGCCAAACGAUCCUGCAUCUUCCAAGCCGCUUAUCCCGUUGGAACCAUGUUCUCUGGCUAUCUGAUGGCUGCAGUCUACCACUUGGAAGGUGUUGGAGGUCUCCGUGGAUGGCAAUGGUUGUACAUCAUGGACGGUGUCAUUUCACUUCCAAUCGCCAUCGCGGGCUUCUUCAUGUUGCCGGACUUUCCAGAUAUCACCCGUGCUUGGUAUUUCACACCACAGGAUAUCGCUCUAGCUCGAAAACGGGUUCAGCUGGAAGGCCGCGCCACUCGUCAGCCGUACACUCGGGCUAAGUUCUGGAAGAUCCUGACUUCAUGGCACAUCUGGUGUCUCAUUCCGCUUUACGUGUGCUGGAACAAUGGCGGUGCUUCCGGCCAGCCAGUCUUUGCCCAGUUCUUGAAGGAUUCCACAAGCCCCAAGUACACGAUCCCUCAGAUCAACAAUUAUCCCACCACGACCUAUGGCCUGCAAGUCUUCUGCACACUUGUAUUCGCCUGGACGUCUGACUCGGUUUUGAAAGGACGAAGAUGGCCCUCCAUUAUCGUCGGAGGUCUCUUCAAUAUCGUGUGCUACGUAUCCCUCUGGAUCUGGGACAUCCCUGACGCCUGGCGCUGGGCGUGCUAUAUCAUGAUGGGCGUCGGUGCCGCACUUGCUGGGAUUAUCAUGAGCUGGGCUCACGAAAUCUGCUCCGCGGACAACGAGGAGCGCGCCAUGGUCACCGGCGGCAUGAACCAGAUGGCCUAUGUGAUCCAGAUCUGGCUCCCGCUGAUCAUUUGGCAACAAGUCCACGCGCCUAAAUACACUGCGGGCUUCGCCACUGUCCUGUUCAUCGGCGGACCGGCCAUGAUUGGGCUAGCCCUGGUGACCUUGUGGUUGCAAAAGAGAGAGCAGAAAAGAUUGGCUGCCGAAGCAGAGUUACAGCAGCAGUCUUACCCUGUUGAGAAGGAGACAGUCGUCUGA